AUGAGGAGCCUGUAUGGAGAUCCAGCCAAUGUCGAUUUAUGGGUUGGCGGCAUUGCGGAGCAGCGUUUACCUGAUGCUUUGAUGGGACCAACAUUCGCCUGCAUUAUUGGCGAUCAAUUCAGACGUUUGAGAGAUGGAGAUCGAUUUUGGUACGAGAACGAAGGCAUCUUCACAAAGUUACAACUUCAACAGAUAAAGAAGGCCUCACUUGCACGAAUAUUCUGUGACGACGGCGACAGUAUCGAACGAGUACAGCGCAACGUUUUCUUCUAUCCGGGUAAUUCAACAAAACAAUAUGGACGUUGUGAUCAACAUUGA